CCUGUCGAGGGACCAAAGGUCGCAAAUGUUCACAAACCAAUUGUGAAAGGGGCUCAAGAUUAGAUGAACAAACAUGACAAUAAACAACAAAUUACAAACAAAUGAAUGCGACAGUUCAAACAAAGUAUACGUCUUUCAUUGAAAUAUACGCAUCACCUCACGUAUGUUUCGCCAAAAUCAACGUUUAGAGGUUCGUGUUUUCACUGCAAGCGAGGUCAUACCAUACAGCAAAGGGAGAAAGAGCAACACCUAGCUCGGUCGCUCGUUUUUGGAAUCAGAAUUAUAUACGAUGGAAGACGCACAGACAAACGGAAUGGCGAGAGAAAAAGGUCAAGAUUUAGUUAUGUCAGAGUCGAGAACGAGGUUUAAUGAGCACAAGGGCAUUACCUUGCCUGCUCAUGCUCUACCAGAGGCGAUUGAAGACCUCCAGUCGUUCAAGUUUCGACCAGACGAUAUCUUGGUCGUGACGUCUCCAAAAUCAGGAACACAUUGGGUCUUUGAGACCGUAGCUCUCAUCAUGGCGGAUGGAGUUUGGGAGAACGUGAAACGAGAUACGCUGAAGAAUCAUCUCGAGUUUGUUAUCCUCAACAAAGAUGCGUUUGAUGAAAGUAAACCCAUGACCAUGUUCUACAAGCAGUUGGAUAAGAUGCCUUCCCCGAGGAUCAUGUUUACUCAUCUUCCACUUGAGCUCUUACCACCGGGUGUCUUUGAAGCCAAUGCCAAGAUUAUCUACAGUGCUAGAAACCCCAAGGACGUAUUAGCAUCUCUGUAUAGGUUCAUCGGUAAGACUCCAGAGGCCAUGUUUGUUACAUGGGAAACACUGUAUUCUACGAUCUUCACUGAUCAAUUCUUUUACGGUGCUUGGGAUCGGCACGUCCUCUCGUACUGGAAACUGAGAAAUGACAACAAUGUUCUCUUCUUGAAAUAUGAGGAUAUGAAAAGGAAUCCCACGAAGAUUGUCUCUCGAAUUGCCGAGUUCAUCGACCACCCAAUCUCAGACGAUGUCCGAGACGAGAUUAUCAAGAAAACUACCAUGGACCAGAUUAAAAAAGAGAUGAAGAGACUGGAAGAAACAUUAGAAGAUGGUUACAUGUUCAGCAAGGCCUACGGGACAUUGAACUAUUUUCAGAAAGGUGUAAUCGGUGAUUGGAAGAAUUAUUUUACGGUAGCUCAAAACGAACAAUUUGACAAGGAAUUGGAAGAGAGGCUUGGAGAAAGUGGACUUGAGUUCGACUACGAAUAAUCUUUUCAGCUUGAUCAUCCCACGAUCUAUUCAACAAUGGACCUAUUUCCUUGACUCGAUCGAUUGUCAUGUACAGCAGAAAGUCAGAUACACUGCAAAAACUGCGGUGUUAAUUUAACACCAGUCCGCAACCGGUAAUGAACACACCAGAGAAGUGUUGAAACAACACCGGUUUCGUUUUGGACUAAUUCCAGAUUGAAUAUUACACCAAAGAGCGUAAAUGUAAUCAACCAAAGAGCGUUGUAAUCACACCUAUAGGUGUUAAACUGACUUUCAAUUUGACACCGGUGUAAAAUAACUGGUAUGGUUAUCUGUGUACACCAGUAAACACCACAUUUUUUGCUGUGUAUACGACUGCCCAUAUACCCUUAAGUUAUGCGAAAUUUACACGGCCUAUAAUUGUUACAAGGCCAUAUACAAUGUCUUAGUUUAAAUAUCAUAAUUCGAAUUCAUAUCUUAGUUCUUUGGAUAGGGCCUGCGCUAUGUAGGCUCAUAAAUGUUCAUUUUAUGAUUUCUGUAUAAUUCAGGGAUUCCAUGCACCCAGUUCAUUUUACUAUGGGCUCUAUCCAUAGGCGCAGGGAGGGGGUG